AAAAAGUCUACGUAUGCGGAUGAAGAUAAUUUGACCUUAUUAACAAAAAAGGCGCAAGUGUUCUUUUUGGAAAUUUUUGGUAAUAUUUACCAACGAUUAGGUCAAAGUUCCAUCGUCGAAGGCAGGAAAGAGAAAAUUACUUACAAAUUAGCUUCGUUGAAUCUUGUCGUAGACAAAAAACAAAUGCC